UGUCAAAAGUGGUCGUAAACUGUGCUUGUGAAUAUUUUGAUUCCUUUGUUAAUGGCGGUCAAGAAUUGUUUUGCUUUGUUGUUGAGCUUGUGCUGUGCUCUAUGUUUCUUCAAUACAAUUGUCGGUGCUAUGGGUGUAAAAUGUACGACCCCAAGACGCGAAUCCGGAAAAUGUAUACCAAUACUUGAAUGCAGGUCCUUAAGUAUACUCUCUGUAAAGGUAAACAGAACAUGCACGGAAACCACACUUUUAAAAGAUAGUUAUUGUGGAGCUUAUAACUUCAGUUAUAAAGUUUGUUGCCCUAAAAAUGAAAUUAAAAGUAUAGGAAAAAAAAUAACGGAUAAGGGUAUUCUACCGACAAGAGAGGUAUGUGGUCCAUUAACUGUAUUAAAUCGCAUCUACAAUGGUGAUAUAACUGAUAUUGGUGAAUAUCCCUGGAUUGCAUUGAUUUUACUCAGAAAUGAAAGAUCCCAAAACGAUUUCUUUUUUAAAUGUUCUGGUUCUCUUAUUAACAAAUACUUUGUUGUCACCGCCGCACAUUGUAUGACUUCAACCAACUCAUUAUCGGAUGUUUUAGUUCGCUUGGGGGAAUGGAAUUUGAAUGAUGAUCACGGUUGUAAUGAAAAUCGUUGUGAGCUACCUUUUCAAGAAAAGGAAAUAGAUGCAAUUAUAAUACAUCCAGAUUAUAAGGAAGAAAGCAUGGAUAAUGACGUAGCAUUGUUACUUAUAAGAAAUGGUGUCGAAUUCAAUGAUGAUGUAAAACCCAUUUGUCUGCCAAUCGAUGAUAGUCAACGUGAUAACUCAUACGAGAAACAGCAAGCUUCUAUCAGCGGUUGGGGAGGUACUGAAAAUAAAGAGUAUAGUCCUAUUAAGUUAAAAACCACGGUUCAUAUCUUACCAGUCGUUCAAAAGAAAAGAAAAGGAAAAAAAGACCGUUACUAUUGCAAUAAUGUUUCAAUAAGUAACAGCAAAAUGUGUGCUACAGGUGAAGAUCACGAUUCGUGUAAUGGCGAUUCUGGUGCACCGCUAAUGAUCACAGAAAAUGUAAAUGAAAGCACAAAUUGGUAUCUAAUCGGCAUAACUUCAUACAGCGGCUUGGAACAAGGAUGUGGAAGUGAAGGUUCCAUUGGAAUUUACGCACGUGUUGGUUCAUUUAUUGAUUGGAUAGUGCACGUAAUAAAAAAUUCAAACUCUUACUCAAAUCAAAUUUUUUAGAUUUCUACCACUAGUAGGAGAAAAAUAAAGAUCGUUUCUAAGCUAAGAAAUAUUUCAUUCUAAUUUUAUAUCCAAACCUAAGUAAAUAUGUUUAUUAUUACAUAUAUUAUUUGUCGAGUGCAUGCUUAUUGCACAUAUGUAAAUGCAUACGAGUCUCAUAUAUGCGUGUUCCAUAUGAACAACUUUGUUCGAAAUAAUAGCAGUGGUUUGUGAAUAAUAGCAGCGGCUUGAAGAGCACCUGCAUUUGUCAGUCGAAAAAUGGGGCAACUUAUUGUGGUCCAAUGAAACAAAAAUUGUUUUAUUUGGUUCCCGAGGAGGUCUACAGUAUGUACGAAGGCCAGUAAACGCUUCAUUUUAUUCUAAAUAUUUUUCACGGACGGUAAAACAUGGAGGUGCCAAAAUCAAUAUAUGACUUGUCUUACUAUGGCACAGGUCCAUUAUAUUGGAUUAAAGAAAACAUGGAUUCCAAAUUGUACGUUGAAAUAAUGGAGUUCACUAUGCUACCUCCGCUGAAUGGAAAAUGCCGUUCAAAUGGGUCUAUCAAGAAGAUAACGACCCCAAACAAACCAGCAGGUUGGCAAAAAAUUGGUUUGCUCAAAUUGGAGUUGAGGUUAUUGGGUAGCCAGCCCAGUCACCGGACCUUAAUCCAAUUGAGAGUCUUUGGGCAGAGGUCAAAGAAGCUGCAGGGAAAGAUAAUUCUUCAGAGUGCUGCAAGCGUUUGGUAGACUCCAUGCCUAGGAGAUGCGCAGCUAUGUUUUCCAACGACGGUCAUUCGACAAAAUACUAACUGUUUAAACUUUAUUUUAUAUUACUAUAAUGAAAUAAUUGAUUGCUGAUGUAAAAUCCUCAAUACUGCUAUUACAGCUAUCACAGCUGAAAUUUUCAUUUACAAACUUUUAUAUUUAUUUUAAGAUGAACUUUAUCUUAUGA